CAGCAAAAUAUGCAAACGCCGUUCUCAUUGGUCGAUGAGAGUCACGUGACCGCCUGAGCCCCACCGAGCUUAUAAGGUCUCCGUCUGCUGGACAGACUGUAGAUGGACCACACAUCACCCUUCCUGUCAGUGUCAAAUCAAACCUCCUGGGGCCUGCAUGAAUCCCCAGCAUUCAUCUGCUACUGCACACUUUCUCCACCUCCUUGCUUGGGAAAAUAAUGCGAUCAACAGGCCAGGGAGGGCUCAUCCAAUGAAAAAGUGGGAGUGCCGCAUCCUGCUAGUCGAUUGGUUGCCCUGGCCCUAAGCAGACUGCAAAACCUGCAGCUCAGGGAUUAGAGAUUUCAUAGGCCUGUCUGCAUCUGUCCUUUCACAAUGGUUGUUACUGAAUCCCAGGACAAAAUGUACUACCCUCCUGAUGACCUAAAGAGGGAUGCUCAUGUGCCUGAUUUUAACUCCUAUCUGGCACUGUACAGGAAGUCUCUUGAGAAUCCAGAAGCUUUUUGGAAGGAGGUUGCUGAUGACUUCUUUUGGAAGAAGCCAGCAACAGGACCAAUGCUGCAGUAUAACUUUGAUGUGACAAUAGGAAACAUUUAUGUCAAAUGCAUGGAAGGGGCUAAAACCAACAUGUGCUAUAAUGUCCUGGACAGGCUUGUGAGGGAGAGGAAUCUUGGUGAAAAGGUUGCCUAUUACUGGGAGGGGAACUCACCUGACCACCACAUGGCCAUCACUUACAGCCAGCUGCUGAGCCAGGUCUGCCGCUGUGCUAAUGUCCUCAAGAAAAUGGGUGUAAAAAAGGGAGACAGGGUGUCUAUUUACCUUCCCAUGAUCCCAGAGCUGGUCUACACUAUGUUGGCCUGUGCAAGGAUAGGCGCUGUUCACUCCAUUGUGUUUGCAGGCUUCUCCUCUGAGUCUCUGUGUGAGAGGAUCAUGGAUGCCCAGAGCAGCGUUCUGGUGACAGCAGAUGGUGUUUAUAGAGGAGAGAAGCUGAUCAACCUGAAACAGAUUGCGGACGAGGCUCUGGAGAAGUGCAGGGAAAUAGCGUCAUCUAGUGUCACUAAAUGCCUCAUCGUCAAGCAUCAUGCACUCAGGACAAAAAGUGGAGCUGCAUGCAACAAACUACAGACCCCCUGGGACUCAGAAUGUGACGUGUGGUGGGAGGAGGUGAUGAGAGACUCUCCUGAAGAGUGCGAACCUGAGUGGCUGGAUGCUGAGGACCCGCUGUUUAUCCUCUACACCAGCGGCUCCACUGGCAAACCCAAGGGUGUUCUCCACACUGUUGCUGGGUAUCUGCUCUACACGUCGCUGACCUUCAAGUAUGUUUUUGACCAUCACCAUGACGACGUGUACUGGUGCACCGCCGACAUCGGCUGGAUCACCGGCCACUCCUACAUCACCUAUGGCCCCCUUGCGAAUGGCGCCACAAGUGUCCUAUUUGAAGGUAUUCCAGUUCACCCUCAUGUCGGCCGGUUCUGGGAGAUCAUUGAGAAAUACAAAGUGACCAAGUUCUACACAGCUCCGACAGCCAUCCGCCUGCUGAUGAAGUACGGACGGGAACCGCUGCAGAAGUAUGACCUCUCCAGCCUAAGGAUUCUGGGUACUGUUGGUGAGCCAAUCAACCCAGAGGCGUGGCAGUGGUAUCACGAGGCCGUCGGUAAGGGCAGAUGUCCCGUGGUCGACACUUUCUGGCAGACAGAGACCGGAGGUCAUGUUUUGACUCCUCUGCCUGCUGCCACGCCACUGAAACCAGGCUCCGCUACCUUUCCUUUCUUUGGGGUAGAGCCCACAAUCCUCAACGAACACGGAGAGGAACUGGAAGGCGAGGCUGAGGGUUAUCUUGUAUUCAGGAGGCCCUGGCCUGGAAUAAUGCGCACUGUGUACAGAAACCAUGAACGCUUCGAGAACAGCUAUUUCAAGAAGUUCCCAGGCUUCUAUGUAACUGGUGAUGGCUGCAGGCGGGAUAAAGAUGGCUAUUACUGGAUCACAGGAAGAACAGACGACAUGCUGAAUGUGUCAGGCCACCUGAUGAGCACAGCGGAGGUGGAAGCGGCUCUGACGGAGCACCCGGCUGUAGCGGAGGCUGCAGUGGUGAGUCGGCCUCACAAGGUGAAGGGCGAGUGUCUGUACUGCUUCGUCAGCCUCAAAGACAGCAGGGAGUUUACCCACACACUGGUGGAGGAGCUCAAGAGACUGGUGAGAGAGAAAAUCGGACCAAUCGCCACGCCAGACUUCAUUCAAAAUGCUCCAGCGCUGCCGAAGACUCGCUCAGGGAAGAUCAUGAGGCGAAUCCUCCGGCAGAUCGCACGCAAUGAGAAGGACCUGGGUGACCUUUCGACUCUGGCUGACCCGAAGGUGGUGGAGGAGCUGUUCAGCCAGAGAUGUGAAGCUGCAGCCUGAACUCUCUCUCUCUCUCUCUCUCUCUCUCAUGAAGGGGCUGGGAUCAGAAAUGCAUACUUCUGACACUGAGACGUUUAAAGUGUUGUUUUAUGUGAAAAAAAGAAAAUAGAUUAAAAAAAAAUAAAAUAGUCGAAUCAAAUGUCAGUGGUUGCUUCAAUUUAGAUGUGUUCAUAUAUUGUGUUGUUGCUUUGCAUUUGGGCCAAGAUGUCAAACAAACUAGACACACGAUUACUAACUUUUAUAUUUUCUUAAAAGUCUUUACAUGUCUCAUAUCGUUGUAAGAGGAAGUUAAUCUUUUCUCUCUUUUUAAAUCUUUAAAUAAAAAAAGUCAGCUUUGCACA